GGAUGUACCUUUCUGUAAUAUCGGAAAUAGGAUCAUUUGUGACAAGUGCAAAAAGCUUUGAAUCGGCUAGUAGUAAUUGCAGUUGGUUACAGAAAACUGUGAAAAACUAUUUAGAUUAAAUUACAAUUAAAACUGAGUAAAUAAGUUUGUCUAAUGGCUUUGUAUAUCGCACUCGCUUAUGCUUAUCACACCUGAGUGGUAAUAACCUCGCUUCAAUGCAGUGUACUAGGUUUUGUAUCGUGACUAAAAAAUUUGGGAUGAGAGAAAUAUUGUAAAAGUUUUCGGUGUUUAAUGCAAUAAUUCCAUCAUAUUUAUUGUUUUGGAAGCAGAUAUACCUUUGGAUUUACAAAUUAAACUGGCGUUAUUGUGAUUCAAACGUUUAUUUCGGAGAGUGCAAUGUUAAUUGGAACGUAAUUGGAUCAAAACAAUUAUAUACCUAUACACUGUGUUCUGUACAUGAAAGGUGAAACAGCCUAUAUAGGUCAUUACAUAGACUUUUCGGAGCCUUUAUGAAUGGGCAUAUAAAAACGUGACAUCAUGCAGUUAAAUACUUGAUUUUUGUUCAUUUAUGAAAGAGAAUUGUAUUAAAAGACUGGAUUAACUAUUUGUGCAUGUAGGUUACAAGAAAGUUGCUGUGGAAAUUAAUAUAAAACGUGAAUAUCAAGUUUACUGUUGUCGUUUGUUUACGUGUAUGAAUUUUAAUUUUUGUUCAAGAUGUUGUUAAAGUUAUUUUUACGUCAUUAGCAUUGAUAAUAUUGGUGUAAGCGAUGACAGCUUGUAUGUUACGAGGGCUUUCAUAUGUUAUGUUGUAUGUUUAGAUCGCGUAGAACAGCACACGUGCGUCGUCUUUGGAAAUUACGGGUACACAAUGAAACCAGGAGUGAGGAAGAAACGGCUGAGGACCUAGAACUAAAGUCGUUCACGCAUACGAUGCUUAAACGUUUAAAAGAAAAACAACUAGACGCAUUAACGCAAAGUGUUGAGUCAAAAGGGGGUGAAGAGACUGAGUGCGUGUUACUACCAAAGUGCGAAAUUCGAUUGGGUAAAAAGGAGUCAACACCGUUGAUACUGUGUUGCCGCAUGUGGCGCUGGCCUGACGUUACUAGCCUAACGGAAUUAAAACGGUUGCCGUGCUGCACAACUGCGGGUGACCCAGCAUACGAGUGUUGUAAUCCGCAUCAUUGGAGCUUACUUCUUCAGCCAGAUAUUUCCAUGUUGCCGUCUGGUUGGGAGGAGUUAGAAAAGGCCAAGUACACAGAUGACCUUGACCGACCUCCAGAUGAAGCCGUUUCCAUGGAGACAGGAAUGACACCCACACCUCGACGCAAUGAAUUCUCAGAUAUCUCAUCACAGUUCGCUAGCGGAGCAGACACGGGUCAGAGUACACUAAAUGGUCACUGGUGUACGUUAGCAUACUGGGAGCUUAGACAGCGUAUGGGACGUCUUCUCACCGUCUUUGACUCAUUUAUAAAUAUAUACGAAUAUCUACCUCGUGGCGACGGACUAUGCCUUCAGGUGUUACAGGAGAGUGCCGAAACCGAUUCAGUGCGACGAACUAGAGAAAAAAUUGGAUUUGGUGUUAUUUUAAGUCGAGAGGGUGAUGCAGUGUGGCUUUAUAAUCGGUCACAGUUUGCCAUAUUUGUUCACUCACCGACGUUGGAAUGCCCAAACAGACGGACGUUAAAUGUUUGUAAAGUGAUGCCUGGAUAUUCCUUGAAGAUUUAUGAUUACAAUCGUAGACAUUUUUUGGACAACAUUCAUGACCCAAAAUAUCUUGACGGGCCCUACGACCCGUUCUCUGUCAGGGUUAGUUUUGCAAAGGGCUGGGGUCCGCACUACUCCCGGCAAGUCAUAACAUCGUGUCCAUGUUGGUUAGAAAUCAUGUUAAAUAUAGACAGAUGAUAGUGACUUCAUUUUCUGCACUUAAUGAACUCUGCAAAUAAAUAUUUGAUAGGAUUUUAGUGCACCCUGUGAACUCUGGAGGAAGUGCCCAUUGCUAAGCAACAGACAUUUACGUUACACCCUAGCAACCAAUUUGAUAGACGAAAACAGGAGAAAUCUUCUUUACUGUAAACAUUAUAUUUCUGGUGGGCAUUAAUUUCAAGGCAUAUAAUUUUAAGUGGGGGCUGAAUUUCAUGGUUUUUGAAGAAUGGUUGCACUCUUAGUUUUUCAUGGGCAUUAAUUUCAAGGGGUAAAAUACUAAUAAAUGGGGAUAUAUUUUCAUUUAUUGCGAUUAAAUCUUUACUGAUAUCAGCAUAUCUUACAUAUUUUAUUAUGUCUCCCGCCACACAGUGGUGUGGGAGACAUAUUGAUUUACUCCUGUCUCUGUGUGUGUGUGUGUGUGUGUGUUUGUAUGUGUCUGUCUGUCUGUCUGUCUGUCACAAACCUUGUCCGCACUCUAAAGUCAAACAUUUCUCAUCCAAUCUUCACCAAACUUGAACAAAAUGUGUGUGACCAUAAGACCUCAGCCAAGUUCGAUAACUAGCCAAAUCGGCCCAGGCACUUAGGAAUUAUGGCCCUUGAAUUACCGAGGAUGGGCCUUCUUACUUUUGUCUGCGCUCUAAGUCGAACAUUUUUCAUCCGAUCUUCACCAAACUUGAACAAAAUGUGUUUGCCAAUAAGUCCUCAGCCAAGUUCAAUAACUAGCCAAAACGGCCCAGACACUUUGGAAUUAAGCCCUUGAAUUACCCAAAAUCGGCCUUUUAACUCUUCAAAGGUAUAUUUGUAGUGAGUAAACAGUACAUAAAGACAGACUUACUAUUUAGAUGAUUAGACAAUUGUGGGAGACAUGCGCUUUUCUCAAAAGCAGCUCUAGUUUGUUAUUUAUUUUCUAGAGUACAAAAUGUUCCAAGAUACUUAGUUUUCUUUUUAGUCACAAUUUGUGAAAUGAAUCUUUUGUAUAUGAUAUUUUGACAUGAGAACAUUUCAAGUAAAUUAAAAAUUACAAUGGUCAAAUGUAAAAGAAAUGACUGCAGUGGAGAUAAAGUUCAUCCAUGCAAAAUAAUGCCCAUGGAAAUAAAAACUUUGUUGAUACUUGAUUUACACCCCUUUUUCAUUGGAAAUCUUCAUCAGAUAGACUGGUUUCCUGGAAGAAAAUGUAAAAAAUUGGAUUCUUUUGGAAAUAUUUUCAAAGUAGAGGACCAUUCCGCCCACUGAGAUUCCCAGUGGAAAUCGGGGAGUAAAUUAAGUCAGGCCUUAAUUUGAUAUUAAACAGUUCCUGAUAAAAAUGGCAUCAGUUGCUAUUGGUGACUGACAAGUUUGUUUGUGACUUUUUAAUUUGUAAGAAUUUUCUGAAGGUACUUCAUGUUGGACAAAUACAGGCCAGAGUAAGGAGAAAACAUUUUACAUAAAAGAUGUUUUAGUUGGUAGCAUUAUGUUACCAUGGUAACAGUACAUAAAUUACCUCACUUUAUCAAAGUAAAGACAUGACAUUUGUAGAGCUCAGGUUUUAUUUUUAUUAUUUGCUGAAGAGAAGUGUGUUGUACCUUACUGUACAAUUGAUUUAGGCCCCUUUUUAAUACAUUCUCUGUUAUUCUAGUUUCAAAUCAGACUGAUUAGCACUUUCGGAGUUGUCUUCUGCUGAAGAGGUUAUAAAUUUGAGGUUGGAAACCAGUCUGAAAAAGAAGCUUUGUCAUUGGUCAGUUUCAAAAUUGUUCUCAGAAAUAGCCAAUCAGAUGCUUGAGUUUUCAGACUGGUGUCCAAACUUAAGAUUUUUAUUACUCUGGCUCUUGUUUUUAAACCCCAAGAGUCUUCAAGGGGUAUUAUACACUUUUUAAAAGAUAAGAGAAAUAAGAUACCACAGUGUGCCUUUUACUUGUUUUAAGAUAAUUAUAAAAAUGUUGAUUUCAGUCUGUUUAUAAUAAUAAAGCUACAGGGCUGGGUGAAAUACAGAACAAUUUUUUUUGUACUUUUGCACAAUAAAUAAGAGAGUUUCUAUCAUCUUACACAAGAUUUUAGUUUUUAGAAUUUGGACUACAACCAAACAUUUUAAUUCCCUUAUCGUAACUUGGCUUUUGGUGUAACAGAAACUCGCUGCUUUGGCAGUGUGUACCAGGCAUUCAAAUUUCAAGAUAUUUUUCUUCGUUUUAAUCAAAUUUAAAAGAAAGUGCCUUUAUGAAAUUUUUAUUUGUUUUUAUUAUGUUUUGCAAAGGUGUUAGGAGCUUUCUUGUUGAUUCUAUAACUGUAGGAAUGAUUCGCUAUUUGAUAAAGUUUAGAGUAUUAAGUGAUAAAUGAACCUCGAGGGAGGGGAACUUUCAGUUACUUAUGGUAUUAGAAGAGGCAGAUUGUUUUCUGGGAUAAGUCUUUGUUUAUACACUAAUAUCUCAAGAUUCUAUGAUAAAUCUAAUAGAAAAGUAGCUAGAUAAUUUUGUUAAAAAAGUUCUAUCAUUUAGUUAGUGAAUCAAAUUUUUUUAAAUAGUAUUAGUCUUCAAAAUGGUUUUAUCCUAGAUAUUUAAAAAAAAAUUAGAAAAAUAGUAUUACUUGGUUGUGACUUUUUUCUAGAUUUUAUUUUUUAAAAGGAGAAUAUCCAGCAUUUGACACAAUAUUUUGUAUCUACAAAGAGUUUGGUGAAAGAUUAGAAACUGGCGGAAAAAAUAUUAAAUAAGCACCACAAAAUAAAUUAUAAGCAUUUAACCAUAGCCUGCUGGCGGCAAUUGAUUCUGCCUUUGCGACCAGUGCAGACCAAGAUCAGCCUGCACAUCCAUGCAGUCUGAUCAUGCCAAGUCUUCACUGUUCGCUAUUCUGUCAGUAAAUUUUCAGUGAACACCCCUUCGAAUAAUAAAUGGUACUGCCCAAAUUGAAUGAUGGACCAGUCCAUUUUAGAAAUAUAGCAGGGUAAAGGUUAAAUAUUAAUCAGUGUAUGUGUAAUGAAAGGUGUGCAUUGUACCAAGCAGGUGUGCUGUUUUGAUGGGUGUCAUUUUCUUUCCUUACAUAGCCGGGGCUUCGUGUGGUUCUGGAACGAUCUAUAUAUGAAAAGAAUGGGAACCACUGCCUUACCCUUGCAUGAUCGUAAGAGGCGACUAAUAGGGUCUUAACACUUGGUUUUGCUGUAACAUUGUGAUUCCAGCAGGUAUGCAGAUUUUGAUUCCAUACCUCAUGUUUUUAUUUCGAUGUAAAUGAGAUGUGGAACCAAAAUUUGUAGUCCUGUUUGGAGCCAUAUAACCUAUACUGUGUUGGUGCGCCGUAAAACCCAAAUAAAUAAAUAGAAAUAAAGCAGGAUAAUGGUUAAAUAUUAGGUGUGCUGUUUUGAUGGGUGUCAUUUUCUUUCCUUACAUAGCUGGGGCUUCACAUUAUAGUGGUCUGAAAUCACAUUCUGUACAGAUGGUUUUAUCUUUUUAGCUUGUCACAUUUUCUCUCUCUUUUUUUUUUUUUUUCACUAAUUUUAAUGUUUCAUCAAAGCUCUUUGUUAUACGAAAUAUUUUUCAAAUGUUAUCUUCUAAGUUUUAGCUUCAGUGAAGUUUAAAGAAUUGUGUAAGAAUCUACAAAUAUAUACUGAGUUGUUUUGAUCAAAGAAACUAAAUGGGAAUUCAUUAAAGAAAGUGAAAAAAAAAAAGGCAAGACAAGAAGUUUAUAGCGCUUAUUUAUUUGAUGCAGAAAUUGUCUUGUUUUGAAUUCAUGUCCUGAUGAAGUUCAUAUAAUCCUUUAACCUUUAGCCUGCUGGCGGCAAGUGAUUCUGCCUUUGCGACCAGUGCAGACCAAGAUCAGCCUACACAUCCGUGCAGUCUGAUCAUGGUCUGCACUGUUCGCUAUUCAGUCAGUAAAUUUUCAGUGAACACCCCUUCGAAUAAGAAAUGUUAUUGCUCUGAUUGAAUGAUGGACCAGUCCAUUUUAGAAAUUUAGCAGGCUAAGGGUUAAUAAGUACAUAUGUACUUAACAGCAUUUGAAAUAGAAGAUAAUUUUAAUUACUGUAAAAUCAUUUAAUUUCGUGGGCAUGAAAUUUCGUCGUUUUGGUCCAAAUGGCAAUUUCUUGGGGAUAUGAAUUCGUGGAUUUCAACUUUUGAACGUAAAAUGAAUGGGAAAUAUACUUGUUCGUUGGGAUUAAAUUUCAUGAAUUGACUCAACCAUGAAAUCCACGAAAAUUAGUCCCCCACGAAUAUUAAUGAUUUCACAGUAUAUGUAGCAACUUAAUAUUGGCAACAAUUUGAAAUAAAGGAUACAAGUCUUGCAUACACAGGAUAUUAAGGACGUGUCUGCAACAAUUUUAGGUAAUGACACAUGUCUGUAUUAACAGUUGAAAGUAAAGGACACAUUUCUAUAGCAGUUGGAAGUAAAGGGCACAUGUCCUCAACAAUUUUAGAUUAAAGGCAAAUAUCUGUAAUGAUUCUUAAUAAGUGAGUCUACAAAUGUAAACAAAUGACACAUAUGUGCAGCGAUUUUGAAUAAAGGACUUGUGUCCACAACAUCUAAACAAAGGACACAUGUCUGCAAUUUAAGAUAAAAGGCUCAUGUCUGCAACAAUUAAGAUAAAGUACUUUUGUCCACAGCAACUAAAUACAGGACACAUAUCUGCCACAAUUUUAAAAAAAGGACACCAGUCCUGUCCAUAACAGUUUUGAAUAAAGGACUUGCGUCCACAACAACCAACUAAAUAAAGGACACAUGUCCACAACAAUUUCAAAUAAAGAACACAUGUCCACAACAAUUUUAAAUAAAACACUCAUGUCCACAACAGCUAAAUAAAGGACACGUCUGCAGCAAUUUUAAAUCAAGGACGUGUCCACAGAUAACGACAAUUUUAUAUGAAGGACACAAAUUCCACAUAAAGGACACGUAUCCACAACAGCACUAAAUAGAGGACACAUGUCCUCAACAUUUGGAAAUGUAGUAAGAAAAAAUUGCAUAGUUUUAGUUACACUAUUCAGAUCAUUUGUACAUUGACUUACCCAGAUUCUCUAUAGAUUACAUUUCUUUAUGCGGGUUAAAUUUUAAAUUUUUCAUUUUCAUGUAGCAUCAUUGUUUUCAUGUUUCAUUGAGUGAAUUUUCUUUUUGUCCAUAUCAUAUUUAAAGCCUCAUAAUGCUCUAUAUUGAAGAGAAUUCUCCACAGGUAUUUAUUCUCAGAUGGAGGUCUAGUUUUUCAGCCCAAAAAUCAGUACCCAUUGACUUACAUCUGUGCUAGAACAUAAUAUUUCGAACAGUUUAUCACACAUCACCAAUUGACAAAUAAGGUUAAACAUACAACUAUACCCCAUCUUUAACAAUUAUCGUACUGUCAUUUUUAGGUGAACCUCAAAAUUUACACCAUGGAUUUAGUCAUUCUGGUAGAAUUAAUAUUGAAUUGCCUCCCUUUUAUGAAAAUGAGUUUUUGUUACACAAGUUGAAUAUUUUCCAAACUUAAAUUUAUAGCAAUAUAGGGCUUUAAAUCUAGUUGAAACAAUUCAUCAAAUAGUUGAUUUUUUUUUUUUUUUAAGUCCAUCACAUCUCUUAACAAAUUGUUCAUAUUUAAACUCAUAGAUUUUAUGUUUGUUUCUUGAUUUUUGUUAGUGCCAUAUGUAAAAUGUAUGUUUUUAAGACAAGACAGUUUUAGAUUUGCGUAAAAGUUCUGCCUUUUUCUUUCAUUCCGAAGAGAAAGUAUUUUUGAUUUAGAAAUACGAUGGAUUUUGACAGCAUAUAUCUAUGUUUAAAUAUCUGUUGUAGUGAUAUUUUUUUCUGGAAUUUUUUGGAUUUUUUAAGCUUUGUGAAAAAAUACUUGUUAAAAUGUUAAACUAUUGAAACAGUUUUCACCCAUGAAAUAUAAUUUGGAUAAUAUUGGGGGUGGGGGGGAUUUUUUAGCAGUAAAAAUGCUAUUCUGCAUUUACACUGAAACUAUAUACCAUUCCUUUCCUUGUAGUAAAAUUAUAUGAGCUACUAUAUGUGAUAACUGAUACUAAAAAACAACUCGCAGUUGUUUGUAAAUACGCAAGAUGUUGCCAUCAGCCACAGGAUGUUGCAAGCCAUCGUAUUUUAUUUCUAUCAGAAAAAAUGUUAGAUGGAAAAGAGUACAUUAUGAAAUGAAAUUUAACAAUUAUCUAUUUUUGACACGCAAACUUAAGGGCGUGAACAUAGAAUUUGUUUUAGCUUUGCGUGAUGAAAAUGGUUUUGACAGUGAAAAUAAUAGUCACAUGUUGCACAGUCAUACAACCUUGAAUACGUAUGAUUGAAACAAAUGUUAAAUAUUUGCCUUCUGUUAUUUAUAUCAAAAUUUGUGAUACUUCAGACAAAAGGUUUUCAUCCUUACAACUUUUGUUAUUUUAAGAAUAGAAUCGCCCUUAAAAUUACAAUGUUUCUUUUCCAAUGACGGGAACCAUAUUUACUGCUAUGGGUAUUUUACCUAUAUGUUAGGGAACCAGCCUUACAAUUUCAUGUAUUAUAACAUUGCUAUAAAUGUUCUUGUUUUUGUUUUUUGAUAUAAAUGUCAUUGUUCUUGUCAUUUUGAUUAAAAUAAUCUAUAAAUACUCACCCAUAAGUCAGUCUUAGCAAAAAGAUUCCCAUUUUUUGCUCUUACUCUAGCAGAAGGUUGUGUCCCAAGGCUAUAAAACUAAGUUUGGAGACCAGUCUAAAAACUCUAGCAUCUGAUUGGUUUAUUUUGAUUUCAAAUUUUAAACUAACCAAUGGCAAGGCUCCAUUGAGAGACUGGUCUCCAAAUUUAGUUUUCAAAUUCAAACAACUUAUAACUGAACUCGACUUUUGGGUGAAUAUAUAUGGUACAUGUGUACUAACUACCAGUAAAAUUGGUGGUUGUAGAAAAAAUAAUAAUGAAAACAUUCAAAAAAUUAAUAAAAAUAUGAAAAAAUA